AUGCCCGACUUCUCCCAACAAUCCUACUGGGACACACGCUUCGCCGCGGACCAAACGCCCUUCGACUGGCUUCUGCCGGCACAAGCACUAUGUACCAUCGCGCGGGACAUGAUGGACGACGAGGCGGCGCUGGAGAACGCCGAGAUCUUACACAUCGGAUGCGGGACGUCGGAUUCGAGCGUGCUGAGGACGUUGGUGCGUGAUCCGGAGCAGGUGCAUAAUGUGGAUUAUUCGGAGAGUGGGGUGGAGGCGGGGGAGGAGAGGGAGAGGGAGGUGCUGAGGACGGAGGGGAGGGAGGUGAAAGUGAAAGGUGGCGAGGGCGAGGGGGCGGAGUUACUUGGGGAUGGGGAAGACGAAAAGAAACACGACAGCGCCUCCUUCCAAGAAAUCAUCAAACCGCCUCCCUCCCGCACAAUGCGCUGGUCGUGUAUGGACCUCCUCUCCCUGCAAUCCACCCUCGGCCUCCUCCACCACCAACUCACCCCCUCCCCGACCCGCCCAAAAGGAAAACUCUACGACCUCAUCCUCGACAAAUCCACCUCGGACUCCAUCUCCUGCGGGCAGGACAUCCCCCUCCCCUUACCCUACUCCCUCAGCAUCAAUGGAUGGACGCGCCGCCUCCAAGGCAGCGGCACCUCCACCACCGGCUCCGUCCACCCUCUGCACCUCCUCGCCGUCCACCUCGCCGCCCUCACAACCCCGCGCACCGCCCGCUGGAUCGCAAUCUCCUACUCGGAAGACCGCUUCCCCUUCCUGCCCCCUUUCCCGCAGAGCCACGGCGCGGGGAUGCUCGACGACGGGGUGAUCAAGGCGGGGUUUCCGCAUCCGUAUCAGCUGUGGGAGUUGGAGAGGAAGGAGCGCGUGGAGGUGGGGAAGGGCGAGGAGGAGGAGACGUUGAGUGAGCGGAGGAAGAGGUUGAGUAUGCCUGGGUAUGUGCAUCGGCCUAGGGUGAGUCAUUGGGUUUAUGUGUUGAGGAGGACGAAGGCGGUGGUUAUUGAUUGA